AUGGAAUACCAUGCGGUACAGGGAUUAUCGAUCGUAUUGAAACCAAACCCGUCUGAUUCUUCCAGUGGCGAGGGACAAUAUUUUCGAGUCAGGCCGAGCAAUAGUUCCGUGCUGGAAGGCGGCGAGGUGAUAAUUUCUUGCGAGGUGGGGAAUCGAGUUGGUACCGUCCAGUGGGUCAAAGACGGAUUUGCUUAUGUCAUACAGCAAAACGGCGAAAUCGUGGGUCAUCCCAGGUUGAAAUUGAUCGGCGAUCAAAACGCCGGUAUUUUCAACCUGAAAAUCACCGACGCGUCUCUGACCGACGAUGGCGAGUACGAGUGUCAAGUCGGACGAUAUCUGCGAGUCAAACCAAUUCGUGCCAGUGCUCACCUAAUUGUCACCUCACCUCCGCAGAAGGUGGCAAUCAGUAAUCAUCCGAAGAAGCAGAUAAUCGAGGUGAAGGUGGGCGAAUCGCGGCGCUUAGAGUGUAUCGUUAGCGCAGCGAAACCAGCCGCCUCGAUCAUUUGGUAUCGCGGAAACACGCAGAUCAAGGGCGGCGACACCACUAUCGCCGCAAUCUCCAUCCAGGGUGACAAAGAGAAGCCUGGGGAGACGAAGGAAUUGCUCAAAUACGACACUCAUGGUUCUAUUACCAUCAUGCCUACGGCGGAUGAUAAUGGGAUGGAUUACACCUGCGAGGCCAGCCACCCGGCAAUUCCCAUAGAUAGGCCUAUGCGGGCUACCAUUACACUUUCCGUUUUCUAUCCACCUGGUCCACCGUACAUAGAGGGCUAUACCGAAGGUGAAACCGUGCAACGCGGUCAAAAUGUGGAGCUCGCCUGUCGAUCACGCGGCGGAAAUCCGCAGGCGGAAAUUGUCUGGUACAGAAACGACGAGAAGGUCACGGCAGCCCAUCGCAGAGGCCCAGGCGUCAGUGAGAACGUGUAUUCGUUCAUCGCCCGAGCGGAGGACGACAAGGCUCGCUACAGAUGCGAGGUCUCUAACAUCAUGAGUGUGCAACCCAUGAAAGUACACGUCGAUCUCACCGUACUGUUCGUGCCUGCCGGAGUAACCAUCACCGGUCCGACCGAGGCGAAGGCGGACGACCAGGUGCUCAUUACUUGCACGACGGAGAACUCGAAUCCGCCCGCGGAUAUAAAGUGGACGGUGGACGGGCAUAAUUUCGAGAGCAACGCCUCGAAGACGGAGCUGGCACCAAACGGUGGCUGGAUCACCAGCUCGAACGUGACGUUCAGCAUUAAUCGCAAGAGCCGCAGCAUCGUCGUCAUUUGCCACGCUUCCAACGCCAAGCUCACGGAGAAUGUGGUCGGCACGCACACCAUCAACGUGAUAUAUCCACCUUCUAAAUUAACCGUCACCGGAUAUGAAGAGGGCACAACGAUAGUUGCUGGAACAGUGUUGAAGCUCAUGUGCAUCGCUACGGCGGGUAAUCCAUUGGCCACGUUAACGUGGUACAAAAACGACCGCAAGGUACUCGGCACAGUGAGACAGCGAAAUCAUGCUGUUUCGAGCGAACUGGUGAUACUCGUCAACGCAUCCGACAACAAUGCCCACGUGCGAUGCGAGGCGACGAAUUCCGCCACCGAAAUCCCCCUGCUCAAAGUUCUCGUGCUAAAAGUCUAUUUUCCGCCCGAGAGGGUGAAGAUUAACCGCGAGCCCCAGGAUUUUCACGCCGGCCAGGAGGGACGCCUAAUCUGCGAAUCGAGCAGCAGCAAUCCCGCCGCCGAAAUGUCGUGGUGGAAGAAUGGGAUACCGGUACCCGGCACUAGAAACAGCACCAAGCCCGGAUUACACGGCGGCUACCUCUCGUCCGUCGAGCUCACACUAGAUUUAACCGAGGACAUGAACGGCGAAGUGUACACCUGCGAGGCCAAGAAUGCCGAAUUGGGGAGAUCUAGCCACGACGCUACAACACUGGAUGUGCUAUACAAGCCGAUAUUCUCACCGUUGGACCCUUACGAAUUAACCGGCCUGGAAGGAGAACCUUUUGUAAUUUCCGUAUCGGCAAGGGGCAAUCCGAACACGACGGAAUACACGUGGACAAGGGAUGGUCUACCGUUGGGUAAUAACGGUAAGAGAAUAACAGCACACGGUUCUACGCUAAAUAUCACGAGAUUGGAUCGUCAUGACGCCGGUACAUACAUAUGCGAAGCACUGAACAAGGAAGGAACCACCUUUUACCAGCUAAAUUUGACCGUGCAGUAUCCAGCUAAAAUCAAGCGUACUUCCUCGUCGGGGAUAGUUUACCCACCGGGUAUCGAAGCAAAGCUGUUUUGUGAAGUCGACGGCAGUCCGAUCGGCGACGAGUAUGUCACAUGGCAGAAAAUAGGAUCGAAUCCUGAGCUGCCGGGACGUUACUCGACAUCAUUCAUUAAUCGGACGUCGUAUCUUCACAUAGAAAAUCCCAGCCAAGAAGAUGUUGGCGAGUAUCGAUGCAAAGUCAACAAUGGCAUUGGCAACAUAACAUCGGAUCCUAUUCUAUUUAUUACUAAUUUUAAACCAGAAAUGACGAACACCCCGCUGACGCGAAAGGCAGCGGCGAACAAAGGAAUAAACGUCCAAUUGUUCUGCAAAGCGCGAGGAUCUCCAUUGCCGCAUUUCACUUGGAUCUUCAAUGGGAAAACUUUAUUGCCGAAUGCAACCGAGGAUAAAUAUAGUAUCACUCACAGCGAUCUGUCGGAACUCUAUUCGGAAACAACGUUGACCAUCUAUAAAGUGAGAUCGCAGGAUUACGGAAAGUAUGAAUGUCUUGCCCAAAAUAAAAUGGGACACUCCACAGAAAAUAUACUUUUGGACGUUACUUCACCGCCGGACAAGCCUAGUGAUUUGGAAGUAUACAACUAUACGCACGACUCAGUCACGUUAAUUUGGAAACGCGGUUUCGAUGGAGGUUUGCCGACGUCUCAUCAAGUACGAUGGCGACAAGCGUUGGACUAUGACGAUCGCUAUCACUAUAUGGACGUCGUGCCCGGCGAAUACAAAGCUACUAUAUCCGGCCUGUCGCUAGGGACUUAUUACGUAUUUAGCGUAAAGGCCAUCAACGAAAAGGGAGACAGCGGUUUCUUACCAGAUCUCGUCAAAGUCCAGACGCUUCGCGAGGCGCCACCAACCGAGUUGACAUCAAGCGAGAAUAGUUCCUCCUACAUCAUCGUCAUUAUCAUCACUGUUUCCGCCUCUGCUUGCCUACUCAUUGCCGCAACCAUAGUCUUUGCUACAAUAAAAUCGAAAAAGAAGGUCCAACGUACCGGCAUUAAUAAAUCACAGACCGCGGAUAUGUAUGCACCAUCCACCGUCAAUGGCGACACCAUGACUGGCGAAUUAAGUUCGAUGUCAGACGAGAAGAGCGACGUCAACUUCGACGCUAAUGAUUACGUGGAUGAGGGGCGCAAAACCGCAGCUAGCACGUAUUUAAUAGAUCAAACUAUGCAGGAUUUCGGGAAAGGCGGUUUAGAGAUGCAGGUUCAUCAGGGCACCCUCGGUCGUCGCAGCAAUCACAUGCAAACGUCCAUGAACAUGGACUCGCCGCCGCAGCGAACCACCGCCAGCGGGACUCUCUCAGUGUCAAAGUCGAGUUACAUCGGCAAUCCGAGCCCGGCGCCGCCCAACGACGUGAGCUUCUACAGCGUGGAGAUGGACAAUGGCGGUCGAGGCUACAUGGGCUACGACGGGAAUCCAAGUCCGGCACCACCCGCUAUCGAUCCAACCGGCGGACCUUACUAUCCUUCAUCCAUGGGUUCGACAGGUCAUAUAAUGGGUGGACACAUGACGGGAGCUAGCACCGGCACCCUGACGCGCACUAGAACGCUGCCACGUCCCGUGCCACCGCCCGAUGUCACUGUGAUGACCGCGGGCACCAAGUCGCCGAUACCGCCAUCGGUGCCGCCGCCACCCGCCACGUUCGCUCGUACCGGUGCCAACAACGGAGGUCCUCAUUCGCAUCCGCAUUUGCAUCCGCCGCCACCGUCCUGUCAGAGUCAUCCGCUGUCGACGUUUGCGGCGACGCCUAGUUACUCCGACAUCGACGGUCAUCUUGUCUGAGGCUCACCAAUCUUCGGGCCCAGCUCGACGCGCGGCAAAUAUCGUGCCAUCGCUCAGAACGACGACGAGGACCAUCAACCAACCACGGUCACAGAGAGGAGUACGCGUCUCUGAACGACGCAGAGCAUCGUGAUGAUGGAUCCUCCUCUGAAUCGUCCACCUCAUUCGCAUCGUCAUUGUUCAUCUCCCUAAACGACGAGCGAAAAGAACGAGCGUAGCGACGGCUCACGAACGACAGUGUCGCGGCUGAAGGCCCUGGCACUCAUCAUCAUGCGCCUGAACAAUCUCCGAGGACUCUGUUUGGUGCACAAGAACGAAAGUACGACGAAGUGUGUAAAUAGAGAAAGACAAAAACAAAGAGAAAAUAAGAACGUUGAUGCGGGAUGAGAGAGUGGUGCACCAGGUUCAUGCUGUAAACAGCCUUUCCCUUCCACGCGGUUACUUCCUAGAAAGGAGACACGCGCGGGGCUCUCCUACGCGAUUGAAUUCUAAUCUUAGGGAUACAUGUAUGUAUAAUUGAAUGCUCGAUAAGGAGCGAUCUUGAAGAAAAAGAGAAAGAGAGAAUGACCGCGCGAUCCAACACACGCGAGCGUUCUUAAAAAAACUCGAGGAUGGUUCUACCGUUCCUCCUCCGCUAUUCUGCCUUUCCCUCCCCUCAUCUUUAUCAUUUUCCCUGCUCUAAUUCUUCAUCUUUUCCGCUCGCCUUAACGUUAUUUAGCGUACUCGCUAAACAGCGACGUAAUCACGACGCAUCGAACGAUCGAGCUCCAAAUCGACGCACCGAUCGUCGAGGAAAGUAUAUUUUUUCUGUAAAUACACGCAUGAUCCAAGAAAUAGACGAGAAAACAACCCCAUGAUAAUUGUUUUUCGGUUAUUUUGUGAACGUCAGCAAGUACGCUUCUCGUCAUAGC